UUGUUUUAGUGAACCGUAUUAAAUAGAGACAAAAUAACAGACUUUCGGUAAUCGAAACGAUUUUUCUUGAGAAACUGAGAAACAAUUCGUGUUUCGGUGGUACUCCAAAAAAUUAGGGAGUUCGUCGACCACUUGACUUAGCAAAUGUGUGUGGGCAAAAGGGAAGACAACGAAGGCUGCACUAUUAUUAAAACUCUGGCCUUAGAUUCACGAUUAAUUAACAUAAAACUCAAUCACCAAUUAUAAUGAGAUCAAAAAAUAAUUAUAGAUAAAUAAAAACUUGAUUAUAAGUUACGAAUCGCGUUACAAAAGUGAUCCUUUGUUGAAAUGCAAAGGAUUUAGUUGUGUUUGUAUUUUAUGAAAAAUGGAAAUUAGGGAGGCUGGUGAUGGAGCUGCUUCAGGGGAAUACGUCAGGGUGCCCUCGAAGAAGUACUCCUGGGCGGAGGUACGUCAGGCCGUCCACGAUCUGCGCAAAGAACUUUCAUCUCUAUCGACUAUGCUGCCCAUCGCGAUUUCUUUUCGGAAAUUAAGCAACGGGAAAACCAGGAUAUACUUCCUGAGAACACCGCAAAACGGAUGGGAAAUCACUUUGCUAUACACCGAUGUAACUGCAACAACACAAGCUAAUAAUACAAGGUUAGAAUGGAAGCCCCUAAUAGAAUCAAAUGUAGCCCUCGGAGUGACAUCAGGGAAGUGGUCUCGGGAGGAACAGCUCCUGUGGGAACGUCAGCGUGUAGCAGCGUGGGGAAUAGCCUCGUAUGAAUUACAUCAAAGGACUGGCCGGGUGCUCUUCCCCUGUGCCUCAUCUCUGUUCGUUGCUGAGGAACGUCCGAAUCAACUGCCCCCAUUGGUUCCUCGAUCACUCAAUACGGGGGGUGGCGCGCCCUUAACACCCGCAAUGUGUCCUCGCUCACCGUCCCUUGUAGCGCACGCGGCUAGAGGCGACAUCUGGUUAGCGGCUGGAGCCCUACGCCGUCCAACUCGACUCACAUACGCUUGUAAAGGACAUGAACCUGAGCGGUUAUCAGAUGAUCCGUGCCAAGCCGGUGUACCCUGCUACGUCACGCAGGAAGAGUUCUCAAGAUACACUGGAUUCUGGUGGCAGCCUAAAUCUGACGACGAUGUAUACAGAAUAGUAUACGAGGAAGUGGACGAGAGCGACGUGAAGAUCUUCAGCUUUCCAUCGUCGCAGACCAGCAGCGGGGAGAUCGAGGAGUUCAGGUUCCCUAGGGCCGGCACGCCCAACGCCAGGUCCACACUCAAACUGGUCACCUUCGAGCUGCAGAAGGCUUCGCCGACCACCGUCCUCGACUACUACCAAGAAGGGAGCCCUGAUGUGGCACCAUCCGAUCCGUCCAAUGAGUCUAUGGAGGUGAUAAACAUCAGGUGGUUGGAGUUGAGGCAUUCGCUUAAGGAGGUGUUCCCUUGGUUCGAGUACUUGGCCAGGGUCGAGUGGACGCCCUGCGGGAAUUACGUUUGGGUCCAAUUACUGGACAGGAAGCAGCAGAGGCUGGAGUUAGUUCUGAUACCGGUCGAAGAGUUCAGCACCCGAAGCGUCUAUGACCACGCGCCCCAUCAGCUCACUUCGGCAGCCCACGCCGAUCCCCCCCGCGAUAGGACCAAGAUCGAGAGGAACAUUCAGGUGCUGAUAUCGGAGACGGCGCCCGAGUCGUGGGUGAAUGUUCACGACCUCUUGUACUUUCUGCCGUCGGCGGCGGACUGCGUCACCUUCAUAUGGGCCUCGGAGGAAACCGGCCACAUGCACCUCUACCUGGUGACCUGCGGACUGGAGCUCGCCAACAAGCCGGCGUCGGUUUUGGAGAUGCUGACAGAUAACGACUCCAACGCGUCGGGGCCCAACAUCAUCAGCAAGGAGCCGAUCACGGCGGGAGACUGGGAAGUCCUCGGCCGGAAGAUCUGGGUGGACGAGGCCCGAAACCUGGUUUACUUCGUAGGGCUCCGCGAGACGCCACUGGAGCGCCACCUGUACGCUGCCCCGCUGUCACCGCCGCGACCUCACGCCGUGACCCUGCUCACUACCGUGGGUCAUUCGUGCACCGUCGAUAUUGACGAGGAAUGCACGACCGCCGUUAUCACGAGAUCGAACGUAAGCACCGUGCCGACGACGAGAGUGUAUCGUAUAGUGCACGACAACGGACCCCGCUUACACUCGCAGGGGAUAUUGAUGGACCACUGUGCUAACGAACCGGGAGGUCGCGGGUUCAACGGUGGCUGGGACCGGACGGUCGACGACGACGGUGACGUCACCUUGCUAGUCAAAGAAAGCUGCCUCCGCACCCUGGACAUUCCGCCGGCGCAGAUACUGGAGACGACCCUCUCGUGCGGGCUGACGGCAUACUGUACGCUGUGGCGCUCGGGACGCGCGGGGCGGAGCCCCACCGUGCUGCACGUGUACGGGGGCCCCGAGGUGCAGACCGUCACCAACAGCUACAAGGGUAUAAGGCAGCUCCGCAUGCAUAUGCUAGCGGCGCGCGGCUUCAACGUGGUGUCCGUGGACUCGCGGGGCUCCAAGCACCGGGGCCGCGCCUGGGAGGCCGCAAUCAAGGGCAAGAUGGGUCAAGUCGAGCUGGACGACCAGGUCGAAGUUCUGCAGUGGCUGGCUAAGGAAACCGGCUGCAUAGAUAUGGAGAGGGUGGCCAUCCACGGGUGGAGCUAUGGAGGCUACCUGUCCCUCCUCGCGCUGGCCACGCGGCCCAACAUCUUCAAGGUAUGCGUCGCCGGAGCGCCGGUGACGUGUUGGCGGCUUUACGACACGGCUUACACCGAGCGGUACAUGGGCAUCCCGGCGCGCGCUCCCCACGCCUACACCCGGGCCAGCGUGCUCGCCCACGCGCCCUUCUUCCCGGACCAGGAGGGGCGACUCCUCAUCAUCCACGGGCUGGCCGACGAGAACGUCCACUUCUGCCACACAGCGGCACUGCUCGCCGAGCUGGUGAGGCUGGGGAAGCCGCAUCGCGUACAGGUGUACCCGGGCGAGAGGCACUCGCUGCGGGCCAUGCACGCCGCCAAGCACUACGAGGCCACGCUGCUGCACUUCCUGCACGAAAACCUGUGAGGGGGACGUCCAGGGGACCGGCGGGGGGCUCGCGGGGGGACACGCAACUUGGACAAAUUACAUAUUCCUCAGUCUCCGCGCACAGUACUAAUGUUAAGAAGCCGUAUAUAUUUACCACCACCUCAGCCAGCGAUAAUUACCCGACUUCUUCGGAAUAUCCAUACUUUCUCUACAGUUUAGUUUGUAAACAGUUAAAUAAAAAUACAAAAUAAAGUAUGUAUUCUUCUUCUCAGUCGUUCACUCCUGGCGGAGUGGUCGUGGUUACGUAAGUCUUAAUAUUUGGUUGCGGCUUUUGAGAGGCUUCUCCAUCUCUCUCUAUUUGUGGCGGUACGUGUACACUCAGUAAGGGAACACUUCGUAGAAAUCUUAACCAAGUCUGUCCACCUUGUGGGUGAUCGGCCGCGAGAGCGUUGACCGUCUACUCUUCCUUGAACCACUAAACGUUCCAAUGAUCUUUCAUUACGAAUGAUAUGUCCAAACAUAUUAAGGAUUCGCAAUUGCACAAUCGACGAAAGCCUUUGUUUGAUUUGGAGCUCUUUGAGGAUGGAUACAUUAGUGCGGUGAGCAGUCCAUUUUACCCUCAGCAAGCGUCUCCAGCACCACAUCUCAAGGGCGUCAAUCUUUUUACGACAUUUUUGAUGGAUCGUCCAUGUUUCUGCUCCAUAUAGGAAAAUAGGAAAUAUUAAGCACCUCAUUAAGCGAACUUUGGUGUUUUUAGUUAUACGGCGAUCUUUCCAUAUUUUUGUGAGAAAGUAUGUAUAUGUUAGUUUAAACACUAAAAAAAAAUAACUGACAAUUUACUUUAGUCUUUUUUGUUUGUCACGUUGACCAAAAUAAACCAGAACCGUAGAUUGGGGGGGGGGAUUAGGGGUAGAAUGGGGACAAAUCUGGGUUGUCACAAUGCUUAAUUAAGACCAUCAGCGCAAAAGUGGCGUAACCCACAUUUUUUUUUUAAUUUCAAGCUUGGGUAUAUGACGUAUGUUGGAAUUUAUUAAAAAAUAUUAUAAAUCUUGAUGCAAAACCGGCCUGCCUAUCCAUAGUUUCACCAUAGACAUAGACAACAGAUGGCUUUGUAAAACAUUAUUUUUGCACGUAUUGUUUUUUUUUUGGUCUACUCAAAAUCAAAUUCAUGAAAAUUCAAACCUAAUUGCCUCCAUACUAACUAGCUUAGGCCACUUUUGCGCUGACGGCCUCAAUUUUGAGAUUUAAAUUUGUCGAAUUGAAAAUGACUUUAAUUUAGUGUUUGUGAACAUUAAAUAGUUUAAUUUAGUCAUCAGAGUUUUGUAACUGAUUAAAGAUAUUGAAAAGUUAAUUAAAUUAAGGUAAAUACCUACCUAACAACUAAACAGUGCCAGCCCUAUCGAAAAACUCUAUUGUCUCCAUGCGUGACCCGAUUCACCCUAAAAGCCAAGGUGGAUCAAGUCAAGCUGGGUUUUUAAGUUUUUGUUUAAAUUUUUUGUCAAUGAACUAUGUGUAAUAUAAUUUUAUUGGUAAAUUACCCUAAGAAAGUAAGGCGUUUCGGUUUGAAGGGUGGGGCAGCCGUUGUAUGUAACUAUACUGAGACCUUAGAACUUAUAUCUCAAGGUGGGUGGCGCAUUUACGUUGUAGAUGUCUAUGGGCUCCAGUAACCACUUAACACCAGGUGGGCUGUGAGCUCGUCCACCCAUCUAAGCAAUAAAAAAACUGCUGAAAAGUUGUGUUGGAAUUGGAAAGGGUCCCGUUUCCCCCCAAUCUACUGAAUGCAAAUGUAAUGAAUUUAAUGCAAUUUGAGGCAGGUCAGUUAGCGGUCUCGCUUAGAAGUCCGAGCUGCUUAAUGUAUUCUCAGAGGUAGUUUGAUAGAGAGUGAGGAAGAGGGACAUUGAGGCAGAGGGAGAGUUGAAGAGAGAGACAGAGAGAAUGGAAGAGAGAGAGAGAAAGACAGAGAGAAUGGACAGAGAGAAGAGAGAGAGAGAGAGAGUGGAAGAGAGAAACAGAGGGAGAGGAAGUUCGUGUCAGAGAGUGAGAGGUGUGUGUGAGAGAGACAGAGACUACCUCCGUCCCUCUGUCUACUACCUUGCCUGUCUCUUCGCUUCUUCGCACUGUGAGAAGAAAGCGAGCCCUUUAUAUCGCUAAGUUAUCAUUAAUUAGAAGUAAACGCCGACAUAAAAUAUAAUGUAAAAAAAAAAAACAAGUGUGGUUCAGAUCACACAACUGAAGUACAACUUCUUUAGCUCCAUCUAUAUGUAUGUUUGUAUGUGUGUAUACAAAAAUAUGGAAGUAUUUCAGAAUGAAUAAACAAUAAAAGUCUUAAUUAUGUUUUCUGUGAUGUGUGUGUGAUAAGAAAACAAAAAAUUAAAGCCGUUAUUAAUCUAUUUUAAAAUUAAUAUAUUAAAUAGUAUUAAUAUAUUAUACAAAUCUGAACUUUCUUUUUACUGAAUAUCUUGGACUUGACACUCAAUGACACUUGAAGAAAUAUCAUUUUUUUUAAAACUAGAAGAGUUUUAAAUAUUUAUUUUUAUAAUAUAUGAAUAUAUAUAAAUUUUAGGUUUUCAUACAUAAAUUAAAUUUUUUGUGUAGAUUUUCUAUUUUUAUUAUAUAUGUAAUAAAAUCUCACGCACACUGCUCUCUCUCGCUCCUACAGUGUGAUAUACAGACAAUAUACCUGCACUGUGUCUUAGAUAUACGAAACGUAAUAGGCUAUGAGAGAGAGAGAGAAAGAAAAUGGGUGCUCUCAUCUCUCUCUCUCUCUAUCUUCACUAAUUUAUAUCUCCCUCUCAACUUCCGUUCUGCUCGUUCGAUCACACUUUUCGUAAAGCUCACUCAUUCGUCAUUCAGGUCACUCAUUCAUUCAUUCACUCAUUCACCAGUUUACUCACCAAGUCAAGCGAAGAAGUUUUUACAUUUUGGCGGGAACGCGAGGAGUGAAUUUGUGUGAUUUGUUUUAUUUUGUCUACUUAGUGUUUCUUCAGGUUUAAAUGUGUAGUAACGGUGGUUUAUUAUUGUGAAAGUGCAGAAAUGUGGGAAAAUGAAACAAAGCCGCUGGACUUACUUCUCGGGAUCCUCCUAAAAGGCAAUUAAAAAAUCUCCGUAAAUGACCGCCAUUUUACUGAGAUUAUAUUUCAUCCCAUUUCAUUUAAUUUCAUCCCAGGUGAUUAAUGUCUCAAAUUAAUCAUCUUCAUCUCAUUUCACUUCACUACAUAUUAUCGUUUUUCAUAAAAAUAAAAAUAUAAAUUAAAAUAAGACUUGACCUAAAGGUCUUUGUUACCAGGUCAUAAAAUCCCUUAAAAAAAGAACUUUUACUUCAAAAUAAUAUUUUACAUUUUAUUAUAUAUCGGCGUUUAUGUUUUUAUGUAUUACAAAUUUUCAUAAUAUUCAAAUGUGCUGGAACCAACAAACUCUUCAAAGGAAUUUCGUAGUUUCUCUCUGGGAAUUUGAUUAUUUUUCUUUGGUAAAAAAUUGUCCUAAAUUUGAAUAAAACAUAAGUCUGUCUGUGUAUAAAACCAUUCUGUAACGCGAAACGGCAACUACGGUAAGAUCUAUAUUAUAUUUCAAAACACAUCUAACAAAGGAAUUUAUAGAUGAAUUAAUAUGAAAUGAUUUUUGUUUGUCGUAAAAAACAAAAAUGUCCUAUGUACAAUAAAUAAUGCGUAAGAAUUGCUUAAUAUGUUGUAUAACGUAUUGUUAUCGCAUGCCGAGAUUGUCUCUCAUAUCUAGUACUUAUGUUCAGUGAUGUUUUUGUGUAAAAUUAAUGUUACAAGUUCUUCGCCUCAAUCAAUGUAUUAAAUGAAGUAAUCCCUGUACAAUAUAAACUGUGAUUCCGAUCUUCUUUUUCGAGGGGAGCUAGUGUGGUGACACGUGUUGAGCUAUUGAGCGAACAUGAACCUAUUAAAUAUAUGUGAAAAAAAAAAAAUUUGAAGCCAGAUUUGAUAAUAACUGUCGCCAUCAUGAAACCGCGUAAAUACUUUAGAACAGCGCCAUCUGUUGGUGUGUGAAAUUAACUUUGUUAUUUACAUAGAACGGUUCUAACGGAACGGUUCUUCGGAAGUAGGUAAUUUUGAUAGUAAAAUUUAAGAUUAAACGCGGGGAUUGAGUGAAUUCCACUGACAGAUUACGUCUAUGUAUGAUAAAGCUAAAAACGUUUUGAUGGAAUAAGUAUAGUGGUGACGCCAUCUAGCGGUGAACGCCGUCAAACCGUCUUCGUUCACAAGAAAACCAUUUGUUUGCGUAUGUAUUUAUGCUGAAUUUUUAUCACAUUUAGAUACAUGAUUUGUAAAAUAAACGUACUUUAUUAUGAAAAGA